AUGGCAGAUGAACAGAUCUCGGUCUCGUCACUUAUCUUUAUUGUAGUAAUCUCCGGUCUAGCAAUCCGGUACUUCUUCUUCUCCGCAUCUUCGUCCUCGCAAACAGGACAGAGACAAUCAGCACGCGAUGCAGCUAGCGCCGCGAGAGCAAGGGAAGCCGCCGUCGAGAGGAUACAGCAGAUGUUUCCCCAGGUAGACCGCCGGACGAUACUGUGGGAUCUGCAGCGCACAGGAGGCAGCGUGCAGAGUACGACGGACCGUAUCCUGAGCGGAAGAGUCUCGACCCCCCCCAUCACCUUCCAACCCCCACCGCCGCCGAGCUCUCCCACACCUCCCACGCAGACACAAGCGGCGAAAGCCCCGGGCAAGCCGGCAGAGCCCGACCUGAUCACCCGGUACAAUUUGCAGAGCAAAGUAAGCCAGGUGGACGAUGACGCUACGAACGACAAGAAAGGCUGGAGCUCGAAUAAGGACGACCGCCAGUCAGCACUGCAAAGAAGGAGGGACGAGAUGAUCCUGGCGGCAAGACGAAGAAUGGAGGAGAAGAUCAAGGUUGAGAAGGAGGCGGGCAAAAGCUCAUGA